AUGUCGCUCCCGCCCUCGAUCCAAAAGCUGAGCAGCAGCGACGACGCGGCGGUGGAUGAAGUCUGCAAGACGUACGGCAUCAGCAGGGAGCAGUUCCAGCAGUUGCAACGCCGCAGCGAGGCGGCAAAGUCGACGGCCUACUGCCCCUACAGCAACUUCCGCGUCGGCGCCACCCUGCUUUCAAUCGACGACAAGAACUCGUACAUAAGCGGCGCCAACGUCGAGAACGCAUCGUACCCAGUCGGCACGUGUGCCGAGCGCGUGGCCCUUGGCAAGGCCGUCACCGAGGGUCACCGGCGAUUCAGGGCCCUCGCGGUGUCCACAGACAUCACUCCGCCGGCGAGCCCGUGUGGCAUGUGCAGGCAAUUCAUCCGGGAGUUUUCCGACUUGCAUAUGCCUAUAUUCAUGUUCGAUAAGGACAAUGACUUUGUGGUUAUGAAGCUUGAGGCUGUAAGAUACCCCGCCGCCACCAACAUCGGCAUGUUUGGUUUUUAA